AUGAUACCAAUGAAUGAGAUGAUAACGCUUGCGUCACCAGAUGCCCGAGCUUCUCCUGCAACACAAGCUCAGCAAGCUGCGCAACCAUCCGCGCCUGGUAUGCAAGUGGACAGGGAGGAGAUUUUGCAAUGGAUCUUAGACUUGAAGGACUGCAACAAGCGCGAAAAUGCGCUCUUAGAGUUGAGCAAAAAGAGAGAUAGCGUUCCAGAGCUGCCGAUUUGGUUGUGGUACUCGUUUGGCACUAUGGCCGCUCUUUUACAAGAGGUUAUUGCUAUUUAUCCAGCUAUCAUGCCAGCGAAUUUGACGGCAUCCCAAUCGAAUCGCGUCUGUAAUGCUUUGGCGUUGAUGCAGUGCGUUGCCAGUCAUAAAGAUACAAGAGGACCAUUUCUACAAGCACACAUACCUCUAUAUCUCUACCCAUUUUUGCACACAACGAAAACUUCUCGAUCGUUCGAAUAUUUACGCUUGACAUCAUUAGGAGUGAUUGGUGCAUUAGUUAAGACCGACGAGAAAGAGGUGAUUUCUUUUCUCCUCUCAACGGAAAUAAUCCCUCUGUGCCUUCGCAUUAUGGAGCAGGGAACGGAAUUGUCUAAAACUGUUGCAACGUUUAUUCUUCAAAAAAUUCUCCUCGACGAUACUGGAUUGUCAUACAUUUGUCAGACCUAUGAACGUUUUAGCCAUGUAGCCAUGAUUCUUGGCAAAAUGGUAAUGAAACUAUCUCGCGAUCCUUCAUCUCGACUACUCAAACAUGUCAUUCGUUGUUAUAGUCGCCUUAGUGAUAAUCCACGUGCUCAGCAAGCUUUGCGCCAGUGUUUGCCGGAUCAACUCAAGGACGAAACUUUUAAGAACAUUCUUGAUGAGGAUAAGUCUAGUCGUCAUUGGCUCAGAUCCCUUAUGAAUAAUCUCGAUAUCCAUUGUCCUGCUGCAGAGGCUGACUGA